UUAUUUCACCAAAAAAUGCUUCCAACAUUUCAAUCCUUUGACGACAAAAAAAUUACAAAAACUUUUCCAAAACGCCCAAUUAAAUUACCCAAACAAAUUGCUUCUAAAGCACUUCCAACUCAAAAAAUUAAACAAAUGAGUGCAAUGACUACAUCUAGUUCAACAACAGCAAUUGCUGAUGUAAUUAAUGAGUCUGCUCCAGUUACUCAAAAUUUUAAGUCUACACCGCAUCCUACCACAAUUCCAUCAACACCAAUUUCUCAUACUCUCUUUACAACUACAGACUCCAAUAACGAUUGUGCUAUGAUUGAAUCCUCUAUCCAAGUCUCAAAACAUCGUCUAGAAGCUUUAUAUACUCAAUUUGAGGAGAAUAAAAAUAAAAUUGUUGAUUCUUCUCUACAAAGCAAAAUUCAUCGUUCUGGAUCACUUACAAAUGUUUUGUCAAUCAUUUCCAAAUUUGAGAUGAAAAAGACAGAAGUGGAAGUGGAAUCAAAAUAUCUUGAGGAGGCAAAACAAAAUUAUAUUCAGGCUUUGGCAAAAUAUGAUAAGAAGACUAUUGAAGCCUUAAAAGAAGUUGGAAAUAUUACUGAGGAGUUUAAUGGUUUAAUUGUUAAUUUGGAAAAGCUUCCCAGCACCAGUCAAGACAAUAAUUUAAAUAAACAACCUAUUACGGCUGAUAAGGAGGUUCAAGCUUGCCCUCCUCGUGUGUUGUUCAAAUCUCCUUCAGCUGAAUUUCUUCCUACAAUGCAAAUUGUUCCUCUUCCUCCAUCACCAAUUUUACGAAGUAGCAUUAAAUCCAAAAAUGUUCCAAAAGGAAAUGUUACACCUGUAUCGUUUAAAUUCUACAACAAAGAAGAUUAAAGAAGAGGCGGUAAAAAAAAUUAUUUAUUUAUUUUUUGUCUCGUUUUGGAUCAGAACUGUUUCGAAAUUUCGAUUUUUCGCAGGGGGUAAUACUCUUCACUAGUUUAAUAAAAAUUUUUGGUUCGAAUCCGGAUAUUUGGAGAUUUCCUAGGAUCCCCAACCCAAUUCCUAACUACGAGCGACAGCUGAGCACCAAACAUACUCACACAACACCGGUAAAUUAUUUCCAAUUUUUUUCGAUUUCCGUUUUCAAAAAAAUUUUUUUGUUUCGAAACAGCU